AUGAAGUCUAUAGUAUCUUUAGGUCUCGCCCUCUCGGCUCUUAUGAGCCAGGCCUCUGGACAUUGUAAACCCAACCCGUCUUCAUCAGAAUGUGACUUUACUAACACAUUGACGAGACAUCUUCCAACAGCUAACCACCUCCACCAAGUACUCCAUCAAUCAAUUCAUCCGACCAGUCCCAAGCAACUCCCCUGUCACAGAUCUGACUUCGACAGAUCUCCGUUGCAAUGUGGGGGGUACAUCAGGAGCAUCAACUCAAACAGCAACCAUGAAAGCUGGAGACACCUUCUCACUCACCGCUAAUCAAGCAAUCUACCACCAAGGGCCGACAAGUUUCUACAUGGCAAAGGUCCCAAGCGGUAAAACAGCUGCAUCAUUCGAUGGGUCUGGAGCCGUAUGGUUCAAGAUCCAGGAUAUUGGUCCUACCUUUGAUAGCUCAGGAAACUCAGCGUGGUCUCUUCUUCGUAAGCUUGCCAUUCUCUGGCCCACUCGCCUCUUUUGUUAGACUUACCCGAAAACUAACGUUGAACUUCCAGAAACCUACUCAUCCAAAAUCCCUUCUUCCCUCCCCUCAGGCGACUACCUCAUCCGCAUCCAACAACUUGCAAUCCACAACCCAUACCCAGCUGGGAUCCCACAAUUCUACAUCAGUUGUGCGCAAGUCACUGUCACCAACGGUGGAACGGGAAAACCAGCUCCUCUUGUUUCAAUUCCGGGUUUCAUGGAUGGGAAAGAGCCAGGUUAUGUUGUGAAUAUCUAUGAUAACUUCCAUAACUAUACCGUUCCAGGACCUGCGGUGGUAAGUUCUAUAACUGGAAAUGAAUCUGGCUUUGGGUAUGAUAUCUGACUUGCAACACAGUGGUCUGGAUGA